CAGAUAUUAACUUGUUUCAUUAACAGGAAAUAUCUAGAGCAUGUGCCCAAAAUUGUUGUGAUAGCGGUGUUCAAAAAGAGCUUUGUCGUUCAUCCGUGAAAUUGUUUGUUAUGAAAAUGUUAAUACGCGAACACUUCGUAUUAUAGUUAUUGGACAAUAUUGCUUGUUUAUAAUUGCGUAUUACUUAAUUGUAUACAAAACAUUACGUACCACACAUUUGAUAAUUUUACCGAAGGAUGGCAUGCGAGAUACAUAUUAAAGGAACAAAACGAAACACGUGUCCAUCGAAUGAUGUUUCUAGCGUAGUAAUUAGAUUGACCAGAGAAUUAAAAGUCACGUAUCAUGGGACGUAGUCGUACACCUUCGCCGUCGAGAAGGAGAGAUCGGUCGCGAGAUCGAGAUCGUGAAAGAGAACGCGACAGAGAUCGAAGAAGAAGACGUUCCCGCGAGAGAAGAAGAAGAUCUGUAGAUCGAGAUCGAGUGAAAUCAAGGGACAGAGAAAGGGAACGUGACCGUGACCGUGAAAGGCACAGGCGUUCAUACAGUAGAUCCAGAUCCAGAGAAAGGGAUAGACCCAAACCUAAACAGAAAUCUAAUACAGCGGAACGUCCUAUUAUCACAGAGGCUGAUCUUCAAGGGAAAACACCCGAAGAACAGGAAAUGAUGAGAAUAAUGGGUUUUUGUGGUUUUGAUACUACCAAGGGUAAAAAGGUCGAAGGCAACGAUGUGGGCGCUGUGCACGUAAUUUUGAAAAGAAAAUAUAGGCAAUACAUGAACAGGAAAGGAGGGUUCAAUAGGCCAUUGGACUUUGUAGCAUAAAAUAUUAUGGGCUCCGACUCAUCAGCAGUACUGCUUGACUUAUCCAGGUUGGACUUGUGAGCUUCACUUUCUGAAUCCUCUGAAUUUGAUGAUGAAAACUAUUGAACAAUAAAAGCAUUACGAGAAAAGGCAUAAUAGUUUGCAAUUAUGAAUUUUCUGGUGAACAUUAUUACCAUGCUGACAUCCAUUUUUUCAAGACCUUCCACGAGUUGCGGAUUUUUAAUUCUAAAGUCUCGCGUCACGCUGU